AUGACGACCCGCAUCAAGCUCAAGGCAAACCCUCGCUAUCAGAAGUCUGGCACAAAGUCAUAUCUACAUGCCAUGCGCAAGUAUCGCUUCAGCCCGACCAAAGGUGGGCCAUACAUAUUCGGUAACACAAUGGUUCAAUCUGGCCGACCAUUUACCACCAAGCCCAUCGGAGGCCGUGCUCGUUUGCAACAAGUCCUUCAAAAGAAAAGUGCCGACAACGACCAGGUGGGGCAGGUUGGCGCCGACGACGUGCAGAAUGACUCCAUGUAUCUCGCUGAUAUCGAGAUCGGCACACCUGCGCAGAAAGUCAGUCUAGACUUCGAUACUGGCUCGGCUGAUUUAUGGGUCUGGUCUACGAAGCUGUCGCCUGAUACUCUGUCACAAAAUAAAGGCCACGCUGUUUUCGACCCGAAAAAGUCGAGCACCUACAAAGAAAAGGAGGAAUCGGUCUGGAAGAUCUCUUAUGGCGAUGGCUCCUCGGCCUCUGGUUUGGUUGGUAACGACAAUGUCAAUAUUGGCGGGCUAGUCGUCAAAGACCAGGCCAUUGAGAUAGCCGAUUCCUUGUCUGCGCAAUUCGCACAAGGCGCCGGAGAUGGACUUCUGGGACUUGCUUUUGGCAAUAUCAAUACCGUCAAACCGAAGGCUGUCAGUACACCCGUGGAAAACAUGAUUUCACAAUCCGAUAUUCCCAAAUCGGCGCAGCUGUUCACCGUGAAAUUGGGAUCGUGGCGCGAUACUGAUGAGCCUGAUAAGGGCGAGUCGUUUUAUACCUUUGGUUAUGUUGACCAGGAUACGAUCAAGGCUGCUGAGGCAGACAUUCAUUACACAGCGAUUGAUAAGAGUCAAGGAUUCUGGAUGUUUGACUCUGCAUCGGCGACUGUCAAUGGGAAAUCAAUUUCUCGACCCGGAAAUAAGGCCAUUGCUGAUACUGGCACUACGUUAGCAUUGGUUGAAGAUGAAGUUUGUCAGGAAAUUUACGAUGCCAUUGAAGGUGCAAUUUAUGAUGAUGAUAGCCAGGGUUGGAUAUAUCCGUCCGAUACAACUGCCGACAAGCUUUCGGUGAUAUCAUUCGCUGUUGGCGACAAACAGUUCGUCGUGCAGAAAGAGGAUUUAGGGUUCGCCCCGGCGAAGUCUGGCUAUGUAUACGGCGGAAUCCAGAGUCGUGGGUCUAUGACUAUGGAUAUUCUGGGCGACACAUUCUUAAAGGCCAUUUACGCAGUAUUUGAUGUUGGCAAUCUUCGUUUCGGUGCGGUGCAACGAAAGGAGCUGCACCAGAACCUUUCUACAUCUCCAGAGUAG